AUGACAAAGACAAUGAGGGGCCUCUUCUGUCUUCUUGUUAUGGCUGCAUCCGUGCCUCCUGAACCAGUAGUCGGUCAACAACAACAAAUGGACCGUCAUUCUUAUGUCCCUUACCCUCAUGCCGCACACGACCUGUUACUGGAGGAGGUUGCCACCAUUGGGACGCCAAUGGCACUGGAAGUGGUGACCAACAUAGCUCUUCCCGAGCAGUCGAACCAAGUUUGGCAACUCCUGAAGGGAGUUGUUCGUCGCAUGCAUAAUCAAAAUCAAAUCAUUCAGGUGGUUCCCCAUUACUACAUCACUAAUGGCUUGGACUAUGGCUGCAGGCUAUUGGGCUGGGAUGAAGACACCAACGCCGAAACAGAGAUUGAAGUUGUACCCGUGCCCCAACACUGUGCUCUAGGAUGUACAAACCAUGGACGGUACUGUGUCAUCCCAGCUGAAGCAGAAGAGGAUCCCAAGAAGAAUUCACGUGGAAAUCUCCUUGUGGAAGAAACACUUAGACGCAUUUGUUUUAUUGAGCUCUAUCACGGCAGUGAUUUGCGAUUUUGGGAAUAUAUGGAACAUUUUGACUCAUUCGGGUGCCACAAUGCAGCUGAUAUUGCCUCAUGCUCAUCACGAGUGCUGGGCGAAGUUCCUCGUGUCGAGCAGCGAGCCAUUGACAAUUGCAUGCACAUGGCAGGAGGCAUCCAAGGGGAUACUGUGAAUCUUCACCUCAAGGCCCAUAUGGACAGACAAUUCAAGGGGAGCUACCAAUACAACAGUGUCGAUGUUCCCUUUUUUCGAUUUGGCCAGCAAAUGUAUACCGGUGUGAAAGAUGCCAAGCACAUUUUGGAAUGGGUCUGCAGCACCUUUGAACUCAGAAAGGGUGUCACACCGGUCGCGUGCACUUUUUGUUCACAGUGCCUUGUGGUAGAGUCAUGCCUGUGGUAUUUGGAUUGUGAUGGGACACCCUUUACGACAGAGGCGUUCCAGUCAAUGGCUACGAUAACAGCUGUACCUGCCAUAGACACAGAACCUGCCCCAACAACUACAAUACCCACCGGAGAAGAAGCACCGGAGACGACACCAGUAACAUUGUCAGAGCCCGUUGAAGCAGCACCUAGUGAUGAAACAACGGUGAUUGGCCCAGAAUCAACUACCAAUGCUGCAACCGUGGCGCCUGAGCCGCAACAACCAUCUGCCGUUUUUAGAGAAACUCUCGCUCCAUCUACUCAUGCACCUUUCACUCAAUCUCCUGCCCUGGCUCCUGUCGACUUGAAUGAUGAAGUAUCGACACCGAGCUCUCAAGCCGACACUAGCAGAUACCACAGAAACAAGGACCCUCUCUACAAACAGGAGAGUACAUCAGAUUAUGUACUGCCUGUUGUUAUCGCUUUUUGUUUGCUCGCAGUGUACUUCAUUCUGUCAUUCUGCUACAAAAGCUACAUGAAGCACAAAAAGAGUGAUCGUCAACGAACUGCGGAAGCCUACUUUGAUGAUCUCAUGGAAGCAUCGUAUGCCGAUAACCUGGCAGUCAGUGGUAGGAUUGAAGAUGAAAACUCGGAUCGUGAGUUUGAAGAUGGGUACGACGAGUCGUAUCGGUAUCCCGAUGGCAGCAAUCACGGCAGAAAUAUUCGGCAACACAGAGACUCGAGUUCGGAAGAUGAAGACGAGGACAGUUCCUCUCGGCUCAGUGCAACCAAAGAACCACCAAAGCCUCCACCGUUGUACUCGUUCAAGGUUCAUCAGGUGUUGGGAUAG